CACUCACCUAAUCCAAAACGCUCUUGUACGAAAACUAAAACCAUUUAGAAAAAAAAACCUCUCUUUAAUCUUUUUUCCAACCACCGCCGGAGAAAUGAACAUUCCGGCGAAGUUAACUUCACCGUCGAUUAACAAUGCUCGUCUCUCCGAUCACCGUCGCCAUGUCUUCCACGAAACUCCUCUGAAUCAAAUCAUUACUCUCUUAGCCUAGAAGAAAUUAACACGUAUAUAUACAUAGAUAUAAUUUAAUUUUGUUUUUCUCUUUUUUUCUUUUUGAUUUUGUUUCGGUGAAGAACAUGCAUAACUUGUGACUCUGAGUCAUUGACUGUGUUGACUGGCUAGUAAUUUUGACUCGUGACUAUGAUAAUGAAUUUCUGAAUUUUGAAGCUCCAAAAAAAGUAUAGUUCGUAGAGAGAGAUAGAGUAAUUGUUUUUGUUGAGAGUUUUAAUGGCUCCAUUGAAGAUCCAACCGAUUGACAUAGAUUCAGAGAAAGUUACGGGACUUGUUCGAAACGAACCAGUAUCGAAGUGGCGUUUGAGGAGAUUCUUCGCGUUUGAGAAACAGUUUCCGAAGAACAACAACAACAACAAAGAUGGAGGUGGAGGAGGAGCUGAGUUGGAACCGAGCUCUGUUUGCUUGGCGAAAAUGGUUCAAAGUUUCAUGGAGGAACAGCCGCAACCGCAACCUCAACCACCUCCUCUUAGAUGCGGUCGUAACCGCUGUAACUGCUUUAACGCGAGUAGCUCCGACGAGGACGAUUUCGAUCUCUCCGGUUUUACACAUGAAUCAGUCGCCGAUUCCAAUGACUCGCUCAAGAGCUUGAUUCCUUGUGUAACUGUUGAAGAGAGGAAUUUACUAGCCGAUGCGGCGAAGAUUGUUGAGAAGAAUAGCAAGGUUUACAAAAGGAAAGAAGAUUUGAUUAAGAUAGUUUCAGAAGCACUUUCCUCUCUGGGAUACGAUUCUUCAAUUUGCAAAUCGAAAUGGGAGAAAACUUCUUCCUGUCCUGCUGGUGAAUAUCAAUUCAUUGAUGCGAUUGUGGAAGGUGAAACACUGAUAAUCGACAUCGAUUUUCGAUCGGAAUUUGAGAUCGCGCGAUCUACAGGAACCUACAAGACAAUCCUUCAAUCGCUACCGUACAUCUUCGUUGGUAAAAAGGAACGACUGAAGCAGAUCGUGUCCAUCGUAUCGGAGGCGGCGAAACAGAGUUUGAAGAAGAAAGGGAUGCAUGUUCCACCGUGGAGGAAGCGCGAUUACAUGCUUGCCAAAUGGAUCUCUCCCUCUGCUGCUAGGUCAAAGCAAGUCGCCGAUGCGGCGGCUCAAGAAACACCGACGCAAGAUGUGAAUAACGAUUCUGGAGAAUUGGAGCUGAUUUUCGGUGAAGUGAAAGCAACGCCGGAAGAGGUAGUUACGGUGAGUCCAGCGUGGCAGUUACCGGCGGUGAAACCGAAGAGUGUUGAAAGAGGAACGAAGGUUGUGACCGGAUUAGCCUCUCUGCUCAAGGAGAAACCGUAGAACAAAAUUUUGUUCACUUUUUUUUUUUAAUUUCUUUUUUGAAUCCUGAAUUAAAAAUUAAAAAUUAAAAAUAUAAAGAGGACAUUUCUGAUAA